AUUAUUAAGCAGAUUGAUAGGCGCCUACUAUAAACCAAAAAAAGAACUCAACAAACCCUAAUUGUUGAUGGCGGCUAACACUCGAACUCAGUGAAUGAAAGAAGAAGAAAAAUGCAGCGAUGUAGAAUUUCCGAAGAAGAUAAAAUCAGCCGUUUGCCGGACGAAAUCCUCAGCCACAUUCUCUCUUUUCUGACCACCAAAAAGGCAGUUCGCACAAGCUUAUUGUCCAAGAGAUGGACUGAUCUAUGGCAAUCUUGCGACACUAUCGACUUCACCGAUAUUCUAGUUCAUUGCAAUAGAACUAAUCGCAGAUGUAACAAACUUGUCGAGUCCGUUUUGGCCACCACCGACUCUCGCUCCAUCAACACUUUCCUUCUCGAAAUCCUGUACGGUCAUCCUCAUUUUGCCUAUAAGGUCAGUUUUCGCAAUGUAGUGAAAUGGGUUAACAAGAUUGUUCUUCAACAUCAACUCAAAAAUCUUUGUCUUCAUCUAGACGUGGAUGAAUAUGACGAUGAAGAUAACAAUGAAGAUGAACAUUUUUUACCUAAAUUGCCUAACUGUAUUUUCACUUGUAAAACACUUGUAAGUCUCGAUCUCCGGCGGUUCCGUGUUCAGGGUUUUAAUUUUUCUUCCGAUGGAUUUGGAUUUCCGUUACUCAAAACCCUUCAUUUGGAUGACGUUGAGUUUCCAAAAGGUCGGGAUUUUUUGUUGCUUCUAUCCGGAUGUCCAAUUCUUGAGGAUUUAAAACUAUUUCAUGUAUAUUUGGAAUGUUGGUUUAAUGAGUCUGUUAUUCUCAAGGAGUUUGAAAGCUUAAGCUUACCCAAAUUGACAAGAACUGAUAUUAUUGAAAGUUUGUGUCGCAUUUUACCUUUGAAAGCACUCGCUACUUCUAAGUAUUUGUGCUUAGAUAGAUUACAAUUCCAUGAACCUUUCAAGGUGAAUCAGGCAUUUGAUGGUAUACCCAUCUUUCCUAAUUUGACUCAUUUGAAGCUCACUGAAAGUUGGGAUUUAGUAGUACAAGUGCUCCACCAUUGUCCUAAGCUUCAAAAUAUCGAACUUUACGAGGCGAUGUACGUGGCAAGGGAGAAUGAAGAUAAUGAUCUUGUUCCACAAUGCCUUUUAUCGCAUCUUAGAAAUUGCAUUAUUCAUGACCUUGGACGCCUACAUAGGAAGUUUAUAUUGCCAAUGUAUAUUUUGAAGAAUGCAAGAAUUUUACAAACCAUGAAAAUCAAAAUCUGGUACCGAAGUGAACUAUCUGAAAUAGAAAGAAAAUUGUCCUUAUGCCCAAAGGCCUCAGCAACAUGCCAACUCUUUGUUCAUGUUUAAGAUAUUUACUAGCAGGAACUGCAUUAACUUUGAUUCUUAUUGGAGGGUUUACCAUGGAAUUGCUCUUCCAAAUAGGUGUCUCAAAUAUAUUAUGUUAAAUGGAUGGUAAGUAGAGAUUGCUGACAAGCAUGUAUUAGUGGCUACCCUUCUUGCAAGAGUAUUGGAAGGUAGAAAAUGAAGAUUCUGUAGAACUAGAUUAGUUUGCUCUAUAUGUUUCUGUUAUUUAUCUAGUUUGCUCAUUUGUCUUUAAUUGCAGUGUGGUUUGGAAUGAUUUGAAAAUCAUUACAGAUGGCAUUUGAUUUUAUUGGCAAUAGCUAAUGAUAUCAUUGGUAUUCAUUUUUUCCAAAAUAUAGUAAAUUUAAUUUAUCUUUACUCAUUAUAGACACAUCCCAAUAGCUAAAACAUGGAUUAAAGUAUAAGUGUUGGCACUAUGAAUAUAUUUUAGAAA